AUGAAGCGAAUCUUGGGCAUUGACUUUUCUCCGCUAGCCGAUCCAUGGGAACAGAAAGCUAUACACGCUUGGUGCAGUCAUACACUUCAUGGUCACCAUUCCCCUGACUAUAUUCUGUACAAUAUUGCCAUUCAUCCUGGUAAAUUCUUCAUUUUUUUAAGAGUACCGCGUGUGAAUAGCGUAAUUUUACAGAUCUUCACAUGGCAAUGGCACAUUCUAAUUCUAUACUCGUUAUGGUACUUGUAUGACCGAAAAUCGCCACAGAAUGGCGGCUAUCGUAAUAACUUUCCGCAGAGAUGGAGAUUUUACAAAUGGUUUGCCAAAUACUUCCCAGCCACUCUUCACAAAACCGCUGAGCUGCCACCCGAUCAGAAUUACAUUGUUGGCUAUCAUCCACAUGGUAUUUUAUGCAUGGCUAUUACGGCAAAUUUCUCCUCAGAAGGCACUGAUAAAAGCAAAGUGAAAAAUUACCUUUUGCAAAACAGACUGAUUCAGUUCCCGGGAAUUCGAUUUUCAUGCUGCACGCUGGCGUCGAAUUUCAGGACUAUGAUAACGAGAGAACUACUGCUUUUAGCUGGGUGCAUUGACUGCUCCAAAGAGAGUAUCGGAAAUGCGCUGACACAACAAAAAGGUGGACGAGCCGUAGUGAUUGCCAUAGGUAACUCGUAG